UAGCAACGAUAAUUAAUCAAAGAUAAAUCAGCAAAAUUCCUCAACAAUAAUGAUAAUGAAAAUUUUCAUCUUUAAUACUACCCACUGAAAGAGUCAUUAGUUAUCAGUUCAAAACAAAACAACAAAACAAAUGAGAUACGCCGUGGCUUUGACUUGGUAGAUUUGGGAGAAUUAGUCUUUUCAUGCAGUACAGGAACAAUUCUUAGACAGUUUCUUUCUGUCAGAAAAGAAGAUUUCAGAAUGACUAUUAAAGCUGGAUUUUGGUGAUGUUGGAAGAGGCAAUUCAAUUGUUAGUUGGAGUUUCACUGGUGAUUUAGUAAAAAAUGCACACACCAGGAAGGUCUCCUUCUCUAUAUGGGCUUCCCAAGAGCUCUUCUAAGGCCACUACAGAAUCCUCUGAUGUUUCACAGGUAUCUCUGUAUACAGAUCCCAAUGAUGGGUCUACGAAGAAGAAGCAUGGCCUGCUAUCAUCUGCAGCCAGAGGAGUUGUGGGUGUUUUGGGCACAUGUUUUGUAGUGUCUAUCAAGAAGAAAGAAGAAGAAGAUGCUUAUGCCUUCAAGGAGAUUUCAAUAAGCUCAAAUACAACAGGCACAGAUCGAAGUGGAAAUCUCAGUAUGGGCUCGCGGAAAAGUAACAGCUAUGGGAAUUCAGACAAUCAGAUCAAUAAACCUGGGUCAAUGAUCUUUACCAUGACUGAGCUUAGCAAGGCUACAGGAAACUUCAGUCCUAACAACAAGAUUGGUCAAGGAGGUUUUGGUACAGUGUAUAAAGGAAAGCUAAAAGAUGGAACUCUUGUAGCCAUCAAACGUGCAAAAAAGAAUAUAUAUGACAAGCAUCUUUCUAUUGAAUUCCAAAGUGAGAUUCAAACAUUGUCUAGUGUGGAACACCUCAACCUGGUCAGAUUACUUGGUUACCUAGAACACGAGCAGGAACGAAUACUUGUGGUUGAACAUGUGCCAAAUGGAACUCUACGAGAGCAUCUAGACUGUCUGCAUGGAAUUGUGCUCGACUUGGCUACAAGGUUAGACAUUGCUAUUGAUGUGGCUCAUGCAGUGACUUAUCUUCACAUGUAUACAGAUCAACCCAUUAUCCACAGAGACAUUAAAUCCUCAAACAUUUUGCUGACAGAAAAUUUCAGGGCAAAAGUAGCUGAUUUUGGCUUUUCUCGCCUUGCCCCAACAGAUAUUGGUGCAACUCAUGUUUCUACACAGGUCAAAGGAACAGCAGGUUAUCUAGACCCGGAGUAUCUUAAAACCUACCAACUUACACCCAAAAGUGAUGUUUAUUCAUUUGGUGUCUUGCUAGUUGAAAUUAUAACUGGGAGACGGCCAAUAGAACAGAAAAGGGAGCUCAGAGAGCGGAUAACUACACGCUGGGCUUUGAAGAAAUUUCUGGAUGGAGAUGCCAUAUUAACAUUAGAUCCAAAGAUAAACAGAAACCCAGCAGCAAACUUGGUGAUAGAGAAAGUUCUAGAAUUGGCAUUCCAAUGCUCUGCUCCUUCUAAACAGGACAGACCAAGCAUGCAAAGGACUGCAGAAAUUCUUUGGAAUAUUAGAAAAGAUUAUCGAGAAUUAUUAGCUUCGACUGGUGAAGAUGGUCGACUUCUUCCACAUCCUCCUGAGAAAGCAAUGGAAGAAGAAUCAUCCUCUGACAUGAAGGAAAUCAUUCAAAAGAUUGAAGCUCUUCGAUUCUGAACCAAAUAAAUGCCAAGAUUGAUUCUUCAAUGUUUAACAGUCAUCUCUGUGCAUGGCCUUUUGGAAUUCUUAGGUAGAAAAGUUUACUGAGAAUCAAUGGACAUGGCUUAGUUGUGGCAAACUCACAGCAAGCAACAACUAGAUAAAUGUGUCUAUGCUUGCAUUGCACUUUUACCUGGACAUGGCAUGGUGAGAGUCCUAUAUUGUGUGCUAUAUGUCUAUCAGAAGCUUUGUCAAUCCAGAAGCAAGAUUUGGGGUAUAAGUGCCUGGAAUGUGUUAGAAACCGCCGCCUCUCUAAUACUAACAUCGCGCCUAUCAGUACAUUUUGUGAUUGUUAGUUCCUUUGCCUUGUGGUUUUUAUGAUUGUAUUGCUUUCUUAAUUAAGUGUUAUUGAUCUACAUGUAGCAUACCCAGGUUUUCAUUCCAGGCUAAUACCUCCUCCUUUGGUGGUCUUUAUGUUAGAAAGCUGUGAGAAGAUUCCCCUUACUAGCAAUGACUCUUAUAUUCUUUAGACGUUGUGGGGCUUGCCAUUGUUGUUGAGAGGGCUUUAUUUAUCAGCUCAGGGGACUUGAAGAUAUCAGUCUUAGCAAAUCAAAGCCUUCUCUCUUGCUUGGAAGAAUCCUUAUCAAGAGUAAUGUAUAAGGCUCCUGUGUAUAUCUAAGACAACUUUGAUUCAAUUUUAUAUGACAUGUAAUAGAAAGCCACUGGUAUUCGUUA